CUCUGCUCUCAAACCAGAGAAAUGUCUCCGAGCAACACCAGAGACUCUCCCGUCUCACAGCCGUCCUCCAGAGACAGACACAAAAUGAGGAAGCCUGCGGUGGAGAAGCUGCGCAGAGAUCGCAUCAACGGCUGCAUCGAGCAGCUGAAGGUGCUGCUGGAGGAGGAGUUCCACAAGCGGGACCCCAACGCCAAGCUGGAGAAGGCCGACGUCCUGGAGAUGACGGUGGGGUUCCUGAAGAGGCGGUUGAGGCCUCAGGGUGCGCUCGAUCACGCGGCGGCCCGUGGAGACGGUUACUCCCGCUGCUGGGAGGAGACGCUGCACUUCCUGUCCGCCGGCUCCCCGGAGGAAGUGACGUCACAGCGCCUUCGGUACACGCAGGUUGCACCGGCCCUUCCCUCCUCGCACGGCCACGUCCAGUCCGCAGCAAAGCAUCCGCCGGCGACUCCCGGCACGGAAAGGGAGGUGUGGAGGCCCUGGUAG